GCGGAAGUGACUACCAGCAUGUCGGCGAGCAGCGCUGCAUACCAACCUGUGCGCCAUGUCAUUUUUGACAUGGAUGGCCUCUUGUUAGACACAGAGCGAUUGUACACCGUUUCCUUCCAGCAAAUAUGUGACAGGUUUGGAAAACAGUACACUUGGGAUGUCAAGUCCUUAGUCAUGGGGAAAAAGGCACUGGAUGCAGCCCAAAUUAUUGGGGACAUUCUGGAGCUCCCAAUGAAAGCAGAGGAACUUCUCGCUGAAAGUAGAGAAAUACAAGAGGAUUUAUUUCCUACUGCCAAGUUACUGCCUGGUGUGGAGCGACUUAUCCGCCACCUGAAGAAACAUGGCAUACCCAUUGCUGUGGCGACCAGUUCUGCGAGGAAAACCUUUGCUUUGAAGACAAGCUGUCACCAAGACUUCUUUGCUCUGUUUGACCACAUCGUUUUGGGAGACGAUCCUGAGGUGAAGAAUGCUAAACCAGAACCAGACUCCUUUCUGGUGUGUGCCAGCAGAUUCAAGCCUGCAGCCUCCCCAAAGUGUUGUCUGGUGUUUGAGGAUGCACCCAACGGUGUCAAGGCGGCGCUGGCUGCUGGCAUGCAGGUGGUGAUGGUUCCCGAUGACAACCUUGACCCACGACUCACCCAGGAGGCCACACUGAGGCUCAGAAGUAUGGAGGAGUUUGAGCCACAGCUUUUCGGCCUGCCGGCAUUUGACUGAGCCCCGCAACCAAAUCGACUCACAAAGGUUUCUGUUCGACACGCAGGUGAAGGAUAACUGACCACCUCUAUGUCUUAACGUCAUUUUGAUCGUGACAGCCACUGCCUCUAUUUGAAGUUGUUCACAAAUGGCUGAUACACCGCCUCUUUCUCCAGUUUCCUCACUCCUGUUCUGACAUACAUACAUACAAAGAAACCUGAAUAUCUCUUUGUGAAUGAACCAAGGUCCAUAUUAUUGAAGAAAUUCCUGCCAUGCAAGCUUCACAGUGAGGUAUACUAAUGUGGAAAACAAGAAAAAGGAGAUUCAUGUGUUAGAUUCGCUUACAAAACAUCAUUAAUUGCAUAAAUAUUUCCCCCUCCUGUCUUGGUAAAAUAGGUAAUUUAAAUCCGAUGGAGGUGCAGGUGUGUUUGUUUGACACUCGAUGUAGACUGUCUCACAAUCAAAGGAGAGGUGCGACUGGCGAUGGCCUCUAAAGCGAUGGUCUUGUCUUCUGUCGUCUGCGUGAUGCAGAGGAGACGGACGGUUAGCCUCAUCCUUUCAUCUGGAAUCGUGGCUCACCGCACUAACUGUUUCUCACAAGUCCGACUGAAGCUUUAACUGAGGGUCUUCACCAGAAGCCGGCGUAGCCCCCUCAGGCAGUUGAAAUGGGAUUUCACUGCCCUUCAUCCACUUCCCCUUUCAUCCUGAAGGAGGUAAUCUCCUCCACUUCCUCCUCCACAUAGCUGUUCACACACAUCCUCUGUGGUUUUACAUGUCAAUUAUCUUCUCUAACAGAAUAAGUUCAAACUUCAUUUCAAACAAAGGCUUCUGGGAAAUGACACUUAAAGGACUGUAUAUUUGCUCCUCAAAUGUAUCACCGUCUCUCUAUCAAAUAAAGACUCUUGGCUCGCA